ACGGAGUUUAGUAGUCUAUAUCUUUUAAGGUACAUCGAAGAUCACACCCACUAACCCCAAAGCAGUUAUAUCAAUAGAUCCCGGCCUCUUCGGGGACGCCCAGUCAGAAGCCCGUGCCAAUGAGUGGUGUUCCGCAUUCGGCCCUCCCGGCCUCACAACUGCCGCUUCAGGCCCGAGGAAUGCUACCCCAUGGCCGCAUCCAUAUAGGCCAAGUCUCCCCUUUUGAAGUCAAAACGGUUUCAGUUAAUGAGUUAUCUAAGAGUAAGCAAGUCACCUGUCAGCCACCAUGCAUUCCAAUCUCCUUCACUUUUGUCACCUCUUCUUUGCCGCUGCUAUCUUCGACCAUUCCACCUAGCGCUAUAGAUCAGUGUGGCCAAGAUGAUCCGCGGAAGAACGCAAAUCUCGAGGAUUGUGAUUGCCGCCCUUUUCAGCUAUGGGCUCUUGAUAUUCUUAUUCAGCCAGUCGGCGAGGAGGUUUUGGGCGACGGAUGGAGUGGACAUGGCUCGGAGUUACUUCGAAGACCAGGCUUUCGACCAUAUCAAGAAUCAGACGUUAGGGUUCGAACAUAUCUUCGCGAUCGGAUUGAAGGAGAGAACCGACAAGCGCGAUUUCCUGACGUUAGCUGCGUCGAUGGCCGGGUUUCAGGUCGAAUGGCUGGACGGGGUGCGACCGAGUGAGAUCAAUCAGAAGUCGCUACCGAAUGAAAACACACUCAAACCCUCGGAAAUUGGCUGCUGGCGCGCGCACAUGAAUGCGCUCACCAAAGUUGUCGAAAACUCGUACUCCACUGCGCUGAUCCUCGAGGACGACGCCGACUGGGACAUCUUCAUCAAACAACAACUGCGCGAGUUCGCGCGCGGUGUGCGCUCCCUAACGGGCAACACGCAUGUGUCGCGCAACGCUCCCUACGGCACCAACUGGGACGUGCUCUGGAUCGGCGGCUGCGCGUCAGCCGCCAAGGCCAACGAGACACAAUUCUUCGCCAUCCCGAACGACCCGACGGCGCCGAGCAUCGAGCACCGGGGCACCUGGGGCGGGCCCCUUAUGGAGUGGAAGACCCAGUACCCCGAGUACCCGGAAACGUCGACUCGGUUCGUCUACCGGGCGGAGUACGGGUGUUGCACGUACGGCUACGCGGUGACCAAGCGCGGGGCGGAGCGGAUUCUCGCGGCGCUCGCGGUCGAUCGCAUCGUGGCCGCAGUCGACAAUUCGAUGGGGGACAUGUGCGGCGGGAAGGACGGCCGCCCCCAGAUCGAGUGCUUCGCCCCGUUUCCGAACAUCGUGGGCACUUAUCGUGCCGCGGGGCCUGCCUCCAAGGACUCGGAUAUUCACAACGGAACGGACGAGUGGCACGAGGCUCAGGCGUGGAAUCUGAUGUAUAGCACGCGCCUGAAUAUUCAUAAUUUGGUCGCCGGGAAGGAUACGGUGUACGCCCAGUACGAUGAGAAGUUCCCCUGGUCGAAGCGGAAGCUGAGUCGGAAGAACUUCCACUAUCCGCAGGGGUAUUUAGUGCAUUAGUUCUGUGUCGGGUGCAAAGGUUCUUUCUUUUUCUUCUUUUGUUUGUUCUUCAUGGUGGUGCUUGAGUUUCGAGGGGAAAUACCCGCAUAGAUGUCGUUUGUCUGUAUAUUAAUCUUCCAU